AUGGCAGACAUCAUGUUAUUACUCAAAGACUUUUUGAUCGUUGUGGAACUAAAUUUCUUACCCAUCAUUGACUCCCCGGCAUGCCCGAAUAGCGACGCCGUUUCCCUUGGGGCAAUUACCAUCCUCCACAACGUCCUCGCCCAGCUCAUUAAGCGGCAUUUCUUCGUGUUUAUUUUUUCAAACUUUUUCCUUCCUUUUAUUUUUGAUUUUUUUUUAUUCUUCAACUUGUACUGUAUACUUUCUUUCUUUCUUUCUUCUUCUUUUUCUUCAACGCUUCUUUCUUAUCAUUCUUUUUUUUUUCUUUCUUCUAAUUUCUCCCAUUUACUUUUUAUUUCUUUAUCUUUCUUCUUUCAUAUCAUUUCCAUUAACUUCUUCAUAUUUUCUUUCUUUCUUUUCACUAACUUCUGCAAUGAUUUUUUCGGUCACCACUUCUUACUUAUCAUUCUUUCUCUCUCACCCUUUUUUCCUUUUCACUUUACUUCUUUCUUUCUUUUUUCUUUCUUUUUUUCCCCUCUUUCCCCUCUACAAUUAUUAGUUAUUUGUCCUAUCUAUCUAUCUAUCUAUCUAUCUAUCUAUCUAUCUAUCUAUCUAUCUGUAACCACCUAUCUCUAUCUAUCUAUCUAUCUAUCUAUCUAUCUAUCUAUCUAUCUAUCUAUCUAUCUAUCUGUAACCACCUAUCCCUAUCUAUCUAUCUAUUAUUAUUAUUAUUAUUAUUAUUAUUAUUAUUUCCCUUACAUUUAUUUAUUUAUUGGCUUAUGUUAA